AUGGCUCUACACGCAGUAUUUUACGCAGCACGCAACCGUGGGUUCGCUUUUGGGGGGGGUAAGAGCGGCACUGCUCCAGAGGCGUGGGAGCCAGAAGCUCGCCCCCUAGAUCGGUGGGGGGGGGACCGGCCCGCGCUCGAGAAGGCGCUGAGGGGGAUGUCGGUAGCGGAGCUAAGAGCUGCGGCGCGAGUUUCAGCAGAACCGACCGACCACCCGAGUGACUUUGGUGGGGUUAGCAGGGGGGUUAGGGUGGGUAUGGGUGAGCCCACGGCGGGACGAGUUAGGGUUAGGUUUUUGGAGCGCCUCCCCUGCUGCAUCUUGACCCCGGUGGAGCACGUAGAUAGCGCAAAGGAGACCCUCUGCCCUGACGACUCCUACAAGAACUUCUUCUACCACCUUGGCUACAUCCACAGCGACAGCAACCUUCUUCGCCACGGCGCUCAGGACGUCGUCGUGCAACUCUUAGCAGCCUUUAAGCAAGCAGAGGGUUGUCAUCACAUCGAGAACAGCGUCGAGUGA